AUGUCUUCCACCACUCACACCAUCACCCUCGACCCGUCCAAGUACGACCAGCAGCAGAUCAACCUCAUGGAGGAGCGCUUGAUCCUCCUCGACGACGACGACCGGGCUAUCGGUGAGGGUUCGAAGAAGGAUUGCGUCCGGCAAGCGGCCGCGCGGGAACUCACGCACGAGCUCGGAAUUCCUCACACAUAUCCUCUCGACGACUUUGCCUACCUCACCCGCAUCCACUACUACGCGCCUAGCGACAAAAUCUGGGCUGAGCACGAGAUCGACUACAUCUUCUUCCUCACGCUCGACCCGAAGACCAACAUCAACCCGAACGAGGUUAGCGACGUCAAGUGGGUGUCCAAGGCGGACUUGGAAGAGUUCUUCAAGGACCCUUCCUCGACCUUCACACCCUGGUUCCGCCUCAUUGCCGAAUCGUUCCUCUACAAAUGGUGGGACGCCCUCCUCGCGUUGCGGAAGGACCAGUCGCAGCCGCUCGAUGCCAAAGCGUUGAUCGCUGAGGUUGAAAAGGAGAAGGCCACGAUGGGCAGCAUCAUCCGCAUGUGA